GUCCGCGAAACGUUUACAAGUAUUUUAGAUAUAUCAUAUCAAUAAAGACAGUUUGUCUUUUAUUGAAAUAAAGACUUUUUAUCAUGAUACCAGUAGUAUGAAAAAAUUUAGAGAAUUUGUGCUAACAAGCAUUUUCAGAGGGACGUAUUCAGAAAAAAAAUCGUCAUUUAGACACAAUAAUUUAAGUGUUUAAUUCAUUGUAAGAAAAUAGUCUACUGACUUGUGUCGCUUUACUUUCCGGAGCUUCAUUUGAAGUAACGAUGGAAAACACGAGUUUAAACGGAAUAAAAUUCUUAAAGAAGAAAGGUGCAACAUCCCCGUCUGUCUCAUCGGGCUAUAAUUCAGUUUCAUCUGUACCUUCGUUAAAUGAAGCAGACGAGAUCCAGUCAUCUUUGGAAGAUAAAAACAAUUUCUCAGAAGAUUUAUCAGCCUCUACUUCGAAACUUGUCCGUAAGCCAUCUAUUGUUUUAAUGUCAGAGAACGGUGCAGUUGAUGAACUUGAAGGAGAGAGUCAUGACUUUGAUGCAACAUCGGAAGCAGAAAUCAACUCCUCUGGGAAAAUACCAGCAUUUGACGCGUUUGGAGAAACGAAACGUAAAGGCGCCAAAUCUUACAAUAUUGAGAAAAGGUUUUUACAGAUCUGUCGUUUUCUGAUGUACUUGGUGAUGUUCAGUGUCAUCCUUGGUGGUGGUGUCUUAACAAAGCUUAGUGUUCUCUCUCUUGCUUCUAAAUACAGACAGAGCAAAGGAGAAUCUCGAACAAGAUAUGCUGUGUAUUUUGUGACAUUGGUUUGUCUCUACCCGUGCUUUACACUGCUGUCAUCACUCUUCAAGGUCCUGUUUGGGAGACUUAAAUCUCCUUCUAAAGGAUUCAUUGCCUUACUGAUGGUGAUAGAAGUUCUGCACACGGUUGGCCUUCUUCUUUUCUUGUUCAAAGUGCUCUCACAUCUCGCAGGCAUAUCUGCUGUCUACGUAAUGAUGUGUGCGCCGGUGCUCCCGUCGCUGAUGUCACUUUUCAGCAUUUUAGCGUGCUCGACAGGAAAUCACAAGAAAAGAGUUCUGAAGCUUAUUUUCUACAUGACGAUAUUCAUCUUCCAAGUUGGAGGCUUUGUGCUGUCUUAUUUCCUUGGAGUUCUGAAUGAUCUUGUCGCAAAUGAAGUCAUUUGGAUUGCCCCUUUAUCCAUUGUGCUUAUAUCGAUCAAAUGGUGGGAAAACUUUGUUGAGUUCAAAAGUUCGAAAUUUAGUAAAUUUGGAAUAUUGAAAACAUUUGAGAGCGAUAUUCAGAAGCCACGUGAUAAAGCCAAUGUUUUGACAGUUUCUUGCAAAUUGUUGACAGUAGGUUUAAUUAUUAUGUUGGUUGUCUAUGAACCUCAUCCGUUUUUCAAUGUUGACAGUCAUGAUUUUCCACGAAAUAGUACCAGUAAGUCAAUGCAGAAUGCGAGUUUUCAUACCAUUGAAUCUCAACUUAAUACUGGUGAUAGCCGUACCCCGGAUUGCAAUAUAAACGGACAAAAUGGAAGUUUACCAAAUUCGUCGUGCAUAGAAACACCAGCUACUUCCAAGGCCAAUAGUGUUAAUGCAGACUCUUCGAAAAACUGGUUCUUGCAACUAUUUGAAGAUAUAAGAAACUUUAUUUAUGAACAUUCUUUAGUUCUGCAAAUAAUUGCACUUACAUUUGUGGUAAGUUACUGUGCAGCGCUUGCUUGCAAACUGCACAUGCAAAGGAUAGGAUUCUCUUUAGCGACACUAUUGGUAAGUCCGCUUACCUUGACAUACAUACUUCUGAAAUGCGGGGACAAGCUGACGUUUGACGUAAUUACGUUAGAGUUGACGUACAUAUGCCCGUCGUGGGAACUGACGUCAGGGACUCAUAUUGGGCUUGCUGCUGGGCUGUGGAUUAGCAUGUGUCUCUUAACAAUUUACGUGUGGUUCCCAAAUUCAGAGCGAAUGGCAAAGCUCGAAAGAAUGUUUCUACCAGAAUUGAAAGACUGUAUUUUCGUAGAUUAUAAUUUACUUCUACGGCGGAGAAAAGACGCAAAGAAACUUCACAGGGAAGAAGGAAUGAGCGGAAAGGUUGUUCCGAAAGUCUACAUAUGUGCGACAAUGUGGCAUGAAAACUGGAAAGAGAUGGUGCAGCUGUUAAAAUCACUGCUGAGAAUCGACCGACAUUGUGCUGUAAGUAGGACAGCGGAAAGGAAUUUCGGUGUGGCGAUUGAGGAUCCAGAUAAAUUCGAGCCUGAAAUUCACAUAAUUUUUGAUGAUGCUUUCGAUGUUGAUGACGACAGUAAGCAGUUCGUACCAAACAAAUACGUGUUUCAAUUCAUGGCAUGCCUCGAUGAAGCAGCGACAGAUAUACUUGGCUCAGAAACGAAGAAUGAGUGGGAUUCCUCCCCACUGAAAUCAAAUUUACCUUAUGGUGGACGUCUGACAUGGACGCUGCCCGGAAAAACAAAAAUGGUGGUCCACCUGAAAAAUAAACUGAAAAUACGACACAGAAAAAGAUGGUCACAGGUUAUGUAUCUGUACUACUUACUGGGUUUCGAAACAUUUCAAUAUAAAUCUAGAGAUGAAGUUUUACGUGAAAGAAAGGUGAAAAUUGAUAUAGAUCAUACUCCAAGGUCGUUUAGAAAUGUGCUUCCAGACAAAGAUAAAAUAAAGCUUGAAAACACCUUUAUCCUGACGUUAGAUGGUGAUGUUGACUUCAAACCAAAGUCAGUACUUUUGUUAAUAGACAGAAUGAAAAAGAAUGCCAAAGUUGGAGCUGUGUGUGGACGCAUACACCCGAUAGGAUCAGGUCCUUUGGUAUGGUAUCAAAAGUUUGAAUAUGCCGUGGGCCACUGGUUACAGAAAGCGGCCGAGCAUGUGUUAGGCUGUGUGUUAUGCUGUCCUGGAUGUUUUUCAUUGUUUCGUGCGAGUGCCUUAAUAGACGACAAUGUUGUGAAAACUUAUACAAAGAAACCAACCAAGGCAUUGCAUUACAUUCAGUUUGAACAAGGUGAAGACAGAUGGCUUUGUACAUUGCUUCUGCAACAAGGUUAUAAGGUUGAUUACUGCGCUGGAGCAGACGCCUAUACCUUUGCCCCGGAAACCUUUAAUGAAUUCUUUAUACAAAGACGUCGGUGGUCUCCAUCUACAAAUGCAAACAUCUUUGACCUACUUAAGUCUUGGAAUCAUACAACUCGACAAAACGCUAAUAUAAGCCGAUUAUUUAUGGCUUACCAGGCUCUUAUGCUUGCAACAAGCUUGCUAGCGCCAGCGACGGUUACUCUGAUGAUUACAGGCUCAUAUAGCUCUGUUCUCGGAUUUGAUUCAUGGACGUCAUACGUGCUCUCGAUUGCUCCAAUCAUUUUCUUUAUUAUUGUGUGCAUGAAAUGUAAACAAGAGACCCAGCUAUUCUUUGCAGCCCUGCUCAGUUCAGUCUACACUAUUGUUAUGAUCAUAGUUACGAUUGGCACCAUUCUAAACAUAGCCACCGAACAGAUUCUGUCACCUAACGUUUUGUUUCUGAUUGGUCUAGCAAUUAUUUUUUCAGCAUCAGCGCUGUGGCAUCCGAAAGAAUUUGGAUGUUUGCUGCACGGACUACUGUAUUAUGUCGCCGUACCUUCAACAUUUAUUUUUCUUACAAUUUACUACAUUUGUAAUUUGAAUGUAGUAACGUGGGGCACAAGAGAAGACAAACAAACGAAAGUUCAAACAAACAUCGCUGAGAAAAAGAAAAUUAGAAAAAUUGAAUCUGUGUUAAACUUUAUGUCAAAGAAAAUAUUGAAAAAUAAGAAGUUGAAGAAGACCAUGGAAGUAUAUGAAGAAGAACUUGAAAAAGUUAAUGUUGAAUCGAGUAAUUCUGAAGAAGACAAAAAGGAAAAUAGUCCAGAGGACAGUACAUACUGGAUGCGCUUAAGUUCAUUCGAAAAGUAUAAGACAGAAGAGGACAGCCGAAAAGAGGAACAGUUUUGGAAAAGACUUCUAAGAAAAUAUUUAUUGCCAAUAGAAGGCAAUAGACAACACGAAGAAAAGAUCAAAUCGGACCUGCUUUCGCUUCGCAAUAACGUCGUUUUUGCUUUCUUUAUGAUAAAUUUCAUGUUUUCGAUAGCGCUAUUGCAGCUGCAAAUUAACAGAGAACAGCUAAUAGACUUUUAUUUCUUCGGAAAGUAUGAGCCUGUUUCUGUUAUUUUCUUGGCAAUAUUUUCAGUCCUGCUUGUUCUUCAGUUCAUAUCAAUGAUUAUACAUCGCUGGGGAACAUUUCAGCAUCUGAUUUCCAGCACUCGUAUAUUGUCCUGCAGACAACUGUCUGCCAAGGAAAAGUUUGAAAUUCAUUUCCGAGAAGCUAAAGAACAUAUAGACCACCCUAAUACUCACUUUGAUAGUGACACUGAGAUCGAUCAAUCAGAAGACAACUGCAAUAUGUAUUCCGAUGAAAAUGGAGAAGACGAAAGACAAAGAGAAAAGAAAAUAGCGAACCUGUAUGAAAGAAAGUUCAGUAAAAACUUUGCAAGAACUUUAAAAUUAAAAUCAAAUAGACGACAUAGACUUCAGAGUGUAGACUGGAAUACGCGGAGGUUUUCUGUAUCAAGAAAUCCAAGGAAAGAAUAUGUCAAUCGGCUUUACCAAAAUCCUGACUUAUAUUAAAACUAAAAUAACUUAACCACAUUCAACCUUGUUUGAAUAUAAAAGAGAAGAUAAAAUAGAUUCAGUGCCAAACAAAAUUUAGAUUAGACAUUGGGAAUGGAAUUUUGUAGAAAGUUAACAAUAAUUUUCAAAUACAUAUAAAUGUAACUGACCACGUUAGACCUAUCGAAACAUCUUGUGUCACUUUUACUGUUCAAUGACCUUCAAAACAACAGAUAAUAGUAUUUUACACAGGCGUAUUCAAUCUAACUUUGCAGUUUUACUCAAAGGCUACUAUGCUAACUUAAGAAUGAAUCCCCAUUACAUAAUGUCUGGCUGGAUUGCAAAUUCUAGUGUAAGAUACUUAGCCAAACAAUCAAAAAAAUUUACUUUAAAGUUAGUAUCAUGACUGAAGGCAAUGCUGUUUAAGCUAAUGCGCCAAUCGCAUUAAUAAAAUCACUUAAAAGACAUCUGUUGUAAAAAUUCAACCCGACGUUAAAUACGUCAUGGGAAGAAACAAUUGUACCAACAUCAUUUACCAUUUGUCUGUAAUCUAUACAACAAUAAUUUUCAUUCUGUUUACUUCAGACGUUCUCUAUGCACAUCCAUCUUGCUAAAAAAGCUGUUGCAGCUUAAUUUUAAGUAAUUUAUUUGAAGUUUGUUAACUGUCCAGAGUUUGAUAAAAUGAUAAAGAAUAUAUUUUCUCUGCUCCGAUUCUUACUUGGCUUUUGCGCAAAUUGGACCUGCUUUCGCUUCGCAAAAACGUCGAUACAAUACGAUAAAAGGUAUACUAGAUCGUUUAUGUUGAUAAGUCAGAAAACAGUUUUGUCCAUAAGGUUUGUAAUUCUCUUUGGUGAGUAAUUGUUUUAACAUCAUUAAAUUAUUGCUAUAAUUAUGAUAACAAUAUUAUACGAAUCUCAGUAUAUUGCCUUCUGAAAAAUGUUAAAUUCAGAACACUGUAAUCUUUUUACAGAUUACUCCGUCGCCGAGUGGCUUCUCCUAACCGCUGACGGUUCGAUGUAGAAUUAUUUUAUUCGAGGAAGCCAUUGAGCUAACUUACUGAUAGGUGCCUGUGCGUUCCGGAAGUGCAACUGUGAACUAUUCACAACAUAAAGCUGGAAAGACGCUUUAUGAUCUAUAACUUUGUCGGUAUGACAAAUAUAAUGAAACAAAAGAUCUUCUUUUAAAUACUUUUACAUAAAAUGGAACAUGAUAUUCCUUUAUCAAUCUUACGUGUGAGUACAUUACUCAACGCAAAUGUAUAGAAACAUUUUGUAUCUAUUAUCUAGGUGCACAAUGUGUUAGAACCUUUAUUGCGCUGUAAAUUAACUACCGUGUUAUCAGUAUUCCUUGCAUGUCACUACAAAGCAAUGAUUUCACAAAUAGAUCAUUAUUUCAUCAUUUCUUCCAGUCAGUGCUUUCCGCUCAGCUUGGUAAAGUGACAAUAUACAUGCUACAACAAAAGAUGGUACAUUGUUCCCAGUCUUGCAUUUUCUACUGAUACCUGUGAGAUAAAACAAAUAAACUUGUGAUUAAAUAUAUAUUUGAAAUUCAAAAGACUAGACUGCAAAGUUUUCAUUCACGCUGAGAUUUACAUGGAGUUUCAUUUCAUCUCGAGUUUAAGCUUAUAAAAAAGAUAUGAAAAAACCUUCCUUUCAUAAAACAUUGUAGGAAUUAUGAUAGAAAGCUUAAAGGAUUUAUUUUCUUGCUUAAUGCAUUUAUAUUAAAGUACGAUUCCUCUUUUCUAAACAAAACCUCAACAUUAAGAACAAUAUAGAUUUUAUCAAUUGCACACAUCAUAACCAAUUGCCAAAGACAUUACUAAAUUCAAAAAGUUAAGUUUAUAAAACCUAUAUUGGCAUUAUAUUUCUUUGGACAAUAGCGUUCGGGGUCAAUAUCUCAAACCAUUUCGUGCGGGGGCAGCAUUCUUUGAAUGUGACUUUUGUACUUUUUUGUCGUAUUGUUCUAUUAAACAAACAAGAGCGAUAAAAGAAUCUUUCGAAGCAGUAACGUAACAAAAAUAUGCUUUGCUCAAACAUGUAAUACUAACUGAAAAUUAUUUUUGCCAAAGCAUGUGCCAUGCAUGCUAUUCAAAAAAUCGGCUUUCAUCCUCUGUGUUUGCAGUUGGAGAAUAAAGGGAGACAAUAUAACUGUGUACGUAAUUACCUAUGCAUGGAUUAUCAGUCUUAUAAUAGCAAUACAUAAAGCACUGCAAUUUCAGAGACGCAAUACACGAAAUAACAUUAAGGUUAUCGCGGUUAAUUGUGUGACGAAUACGAAUAGUCGGUCAGUAACCCCAAACUGUCUGUCUUCCCUCUGGGGUCUAUUGCACUUUCAUUAUAUGGGGAAACCAAACUGAAUAAUCUAGAUGAACUGUUGAAUGAGUACUGGGUAAUUUUCAAACACUUUAGACUUUUACAUGUAUGUAUAAAAUGUUCAACCAUUUUUACGGAAUAUUUCUUGUUUGAUAAUUAUGUUUUGAGUUUUAUCAAUAAACUUAUAUAGAUUG